GGUUGAGCUCUUGCUGCUUCAGCUGUCACCACUGAGGUAUAAUAAGAACGGCUGUCACUGUGCUCAACCCCCUUUCUUUCUCUUCUCAUGCUGAGGGAACAUGGGGUUGAUCACCGGAGUUAUUGCUUUCUUUUACCACUUACCUCAAAUAUACAAAUGGCUAUUCAAGCCUUAUUACAUCUUGUCUAUAUUGAUGUCCUCCGCAUUCCUCAUACUUCGCAAGUGUCCGGGACUUUGCGAAAACCUCAACACAGAACGGGAGGACGGGAACCCAUGCGACUUUGACUGGAGAGAAGUGGAGAUUCUUAUGUUUCUCAGUGCGAUUGUCAUGAUGAAAAACAGAAGAGCCAUCACAUUAGAGCAGCAUGCAGGGAACCUGUUUAUGUUCAGUAAGGUGGCCAACGUCAUCCUCUUCUUCAGGCUGGACAUCAGACUGGGCAUCUUCUACUUCGCUCUGUGUAUUGCAUUCGUCAUGACCUGUAAACCGCCACUCUACAUGGGCCCAGAGUACAUCAAGUACUUCAGUGAAAAGACCAUAGAUGAGGAGCUGAAUCAUGAUACUCGCGUGACGUGGAUCGUUGAGUUCUAUGCUAACUGGUCUCCCGAGUGCCAGUCCUUCGCCCCCGUCUUUGCCGACCUUUCCCUCAAGUAUAACUGUGCAGGACUGCGGUUUGGGAAGAUAGACGCUGGCCGGUACGGAGAGGUGGCUCAGAGGUACAAGGUUAGCACCUCCCCUCUGGCCAAGCAGCUCCCCACAUUGGUGCUUUUCCAGUCAGGGCGGGAGGUCAUGAGACGUCCAAUGGUGGACAAUAAGUGUCGAGCAGUGUCCUGGACUUUCAACGAGGAGAACAUCAUCCGCGAGUUCAACCUGAACGAGCUCUUCGAGGCAUCAAAGAAGAUAAAGGGUCGUGGCGAGAACAGCCCCUUACCACCAGAGGGCAGCGAAGAGCCUCAACCUGAACCGGACACCCCAGCAGAGAGCAAGAAAGACCAGUAGCGACCAAGGGAGAACAGGGACUAGAUUCCUCUACCAGUCGUGCACACAGUUCAGAAUGAGCCAUCUAAAACGGAAACAUCUAACCGUCCUAAUUAUUGAUGCCUUAAGGUCCAAUGCAGCAGUUCAAUAGAUUAAGAUUAUUCUGCGUAACAAUGAAGUACCUAAAUUGUGAUCAAUUUAAAACAAAAUGGUUUUAAAAAAAGAAACAAAAAGCAAAAUUCUUGCUUGAGAAAUGACUUUCUGGGAGUGGUUUGAGUGGGGAAGGGGAAAACUAGUUAUUGGUAGAGGUUUGGAACUAAUUUAGCACAUGGUGAUGUCACCAUGGAAGGACAAAUUCCCUCCCAUCAAAACAGGCUGAAAUUACAGUAAUUAUUUUCAAACAGCUACACUAAAAGGGCAUUGACAUUAUUUUCACAAUAUUAUUCCAACCUCCGUGUGGAAAUAUAAAACACAGGAAAAUCAAGUUGGAUUGCACUGGGCCUUUAAAUGAUUUAAAUGAAAAUGCCUUACUACCAUCUCACUCAUUCAUCCAUAUUAGUUAUUCUGUGACUUUCAGUCCACUUGUUUUUUCAUGUCCUGCUGCUUUUUGGGUCAUAUUUUUCAAGACCAAAGAAUGAAUUCAAACUGACAGUUUGUAGGCUAUAAUCUGUUCUGCCAAAAGUGAAAUAAAACUGUUCAAUGCUCUGAGA